CUAACUUUGCCAUUUUGCUGUGUUACUCGCGUAUAACAUGUCACGAUUUGGAAGGUACCCUUUAAACAUUCCUUCACUUACUGAGGCGUUUGCAAAUUUCCAGCAAAAUGUUUCAGGGUCAAACCAGAGACGGGACCGCCAAGACUAUGAUGACAGACGCUUCCGAGAUCGUGAUCGAGAUACAAGGAGAGACGAUGAGUACGGUCGAAGAGACAGCGGUGGUGCUAGAGGGAGAUCUUCGCGGGAGAGGUUCUCGCCAGAACCCUCCUAUUCAUCAUAUUUAGAUGACCAUCGGCAAGGAAGCCAGUCAAAUCUUGUGAGUUAUCCUUUGGGACACUUGAACAGCUCAAGAUCUGAUCGUGGUAAUAACAGGAAUGAUAGAAAUCAUAAUCAAAACAGAGAUCGAUAUCGGAACAACAGCACUAAUAAUCGAUCUCAAGGCAACCGAAGCUCUACUAAUCAGGGACCUGGAAUUUUGGGUGCCAAGCCUGGUGAUCGCUCUGUCCCAGAGCUUCCAUCUAAUCCUUUACAAGUUCCAGCUUUGGGUCUGUCAGGAGGAGGUAAUAACCCAACAGCUGGCUUGACAGCACAGUUGGCUCAGCAACAGCAGCAACUCAUGGCCAUGGUGCAGACUCAGUCACUCUUGGCAGCUAUGCAGGCGCAAGCUAACGCAAAUGCUCAAGCACAGGUUCAGCAAGCGAAGCGUGCCAUGCCAAAUUCUCUAGGAGGGUUACUACCCACACCACUGAUACCAAGGACUGGGGGAAGAGACAUGCAGCGGCAGAACCGUAAGCGUAGAAAUGAUGGAUGGGGUGGAGGUAACUUUGCAAACAAGAGAGAUCGGCCAGAUCGCAAUCGUGGCCAGCAAGGUUUCAACCGUGGAUCAAAUUUUCAAAAUAGAGGCAGGCAGUUUGGAGGAGGAGCACAGAGCCACCAAGCAAAGAAGACCACUGUCACAACCAAAGAGGAGACCAAGGAUGAAGAAGUCAAUGAGGAGGAAGUUGAGGAGGAGGAUGUUGAAGAAGGAGGUGAUAAUGAACAGGAGGUUGAGGAACCACAUGAAGAGGAAAAGCAAGAGCAAGACAGUGUUAAUGAAAGACCUCGUGCAAAUGAAUUCAAUCAGCCACCUCUUCCCAAAUCCACAAACUUUCUUGGAGAAGAUGUUGAUUCUUUGAUGAUCUCUCUGUACGACAGGAAAAGAAACAAGUACAUUUGUCAGGAAUGCAAGAUUAUUUGCAACUUGCCAAUGAGCUUUCAUAAACAUCUUCUUGGAAAGAGACAUGCAAGGACUGUUCUAGAAAGCCGAGGACAGGAAUUUGAGGAUGCAAAGUUCAAGAGUUUUAGUCAGGGGACAACACCAACAGAUAAAUCUGGAACAGAAGAGGUGUCGACUGCUAAUGAAUCUGAUGACAGGGAAAAGCUCAGUGUUGAAGAGGUAUCCAGUCCCUCUGCUCUUCACUCUCCUGGGCCUGACUUCAAUUUAGACUUUGUUAAAUACACAUGUAACACCAGAAAGACAGCCAUGAAAGAAGGAGACGUGGUUACAAUCUCAUCUGUUACACAGUCAAGGGUUCAGAUUGAGGGCUUCACAAGUGGACGAAACAUGUUAGGUUGUGAAUUUGUUAAAGCUGUGUCAGGAUUUAACUGCCGCCUUUGCAAAGCAUUCAUCCGCUGUGGAAAUGAUGUGAUUACUCACAUCAAAGGCAAGAAACAUCAAAAGAACUAUCAAACAUAUGCCCAGGAACACCCACAGUAUGAAGAUCACCAGCUAUUGCGAAAUAAAGAGUUAGAGCAAGUGUUGGAACCUAAGGAGGGAGAAGAAGUAGUGCUAUAUGAAGUACUUGAUAAAGACAUUAAAUCAAGCUCUUCAAAGCAGAGGAGCCAUCGCAAGGAUUCACAGAGUGAACAACAGCCAGAGGUACCAAUAACAAAAUUUGUGGUAGCCCCAGAGGGUUAUGAUGAAGACUCCCAAUUGCAGAUCAACUGUGAAGCUGCAGAUGUACAUUUAGACCUUGGAGACCUUGAUAACAUUAAUGAGGACUCACUUUUGGCAGACCAAAGCGGAGAUGAACAUGGAGAAAGUACUUUAGAAGAAAAGUUUCCUAUAUUCGGCCAGAUAGAACAGUUUGGAGACGAGGAAGUGCCGGAAAGUGACUUGUCAUUAUCAGGAACAACACCACAACUUGAUGAUGUGGAAGACUUCACUCCAAUGGCCACAGAUGAAUCUGUGAACAACGAAGAGAUUGAAAGCCCAAUACCACCCGUCUCCAUCUCUCCCGGUCAAAACGUCGAGCUUGUGGAGCCAGAGACACCGACGAGUUCACAGGAAGAGGUCGAGGAGUCGCCCCCUGUAAGAGAAACUACCCCUACUGGAAGGCGUGGCCGGAAGAAUGCUAGGGGAGGAGCCGGUAGAGGGGGGACAGCACGUGGACGAGGGCGCGGUCGAGGAACAAAACGGGGCACCAGAGCUGCGACAGGUGCAGGCAAGUCUUCAAAAGCUAAAAAAGCGAAAGUAGAAGUAGCUCCAGAGAAUGAUGAUAUGGACUUAAUGGAGGGAUUUGAAAUAAUAGACGAGAUUGGCGAUGCUGAAGAUUAGAAAAGUAAAAAGCCACAAACUUUGUUAAUUUCUGCAAAGUCAUGAAGUAAUGAGUAUUUUUAUGGUGUAAUGCUUCUUUCGUAACUCUUCGUUGCUUUAAUGGAACCACCUUUCUCUUUUAUUUCGGGUUUAAAUUCUGUUGAGCUCAAAUAUUGUGUAAAAGAAUUUGUUUCAAGAGUUUGACACAUUCACUGAGUUGUUCUGGUGUUAGCAUAUCUGUUACUUGCCUUUUAAAAAAAUUAAGCACUUGUAAUGAUGCGGUAUUUAAGCAAGGUUAUCAUGGCAAACUCUCCAGAUGUAAGCCUAACAGUUUUGAUCAUUGUCUAGUUUUGUUUAAACUUUUGCUUAAAGCAAUAAUUAACAUAUAUUGAGUACCAACUCAACUUGAUUUUUGGAUCGUAAGUUUAACUUCUAUUGAUAUUACAAUUGGAGUAAUCCCAUUAAUAUUGGUAAUAAGAAAUUUUCACCAGCUAAAGAAGCUCUUGAUUGGUAAACAAUUUCUACUUGUCAGCACCUUGAAGAGCUUCUUUAAUAAUGAUCAUUUCCUUCAUUAUCAUGGCGCUUAUGUUUGAUGUAGGGUGAUAAUGUAAGUUGAACUAGCUGCUAUGAGAAGCCCAGCAAUGGGCUCCUAAUGCCAGUCACUUUAAGGGGUCAAAGUGUUGAACCUCGCGCUGACGAAAACUGGCCACCAACCAAUGUUUUUUACCCUCUCCAAAAAUACUUGAAAUGUGGCACUAUUUGAUAAUAUUGUGCUGCUAUGCGUAAUGAAUAUUUCUUCUUUUCGAACAGAUGAAA